AGCGUAUUUAAGACAUAGUUUAGUAUCCAGUGGUUACCAUCAAAAUAGUUGAGGCUGUGUUUUACAAAAGGAAUUCUUGUCGUCCCAUUUGUACAGUUCUAAGAAAAAAACCAAUAUGCCUAAAAAGAAGUCAAAAAAGUCGGGCAAGCUGUCCAAGAUGACAGAGGAGGAGAGAAUUGCAUACGAAGAGAACAAACGUUUAGCUGAGGAAGAAAUGAAGAAAAAGAAGGAAGAUAUGCUUACACAGUUUCUGAAGGACAAAUUAACCAAGGAGGAAAGAGCAACAAAGUUUAAUAUGAACAAACUGAACCAUCAAUGGAGGAACAUUAUGAGGGAAUCUAAAUCUAAAGAGCUGAAAAAAGACAUUGAGAUUCUAAGUCAGACCUUUGAGAGAAUUGUGGAUAGAAAAGAUGCUACUAUCAAAUCUCUGGCCAAAGACCUCCAGGAAGCCGAGGAACAGUACGCCAUGGCUCUGCGUAGUCAUCUACAGAAUGUUGACAAUCUUAUCGAUUUACAGAAGGAGAGACUGGAAACAUUACAUAGAGAAUAUGAUGAGGAACUUGCCAUCGUCCGCGAGGAAUUCGACACUGAACGCGCCAUCAUGGUCGACCAACACAAUGUGGAGAAUAAUGAUAUAGCAGAUAUUUUAUUCGCCAUGGAACAGAAUUUCAAUGAGAAAGAAGCUGAAGCUAAAGCCGAGUUCCACAGUUUAAGGGAUGAAAUCAGAAAUAAGGACAUGGAGGAGAAGCAUGGGCUGCGACACACACUACAGGAUAAGGUGGAGAAUCUGUGGCUUCAGUUCAAAGUGGCCCUGAAAAAUUACAAUGAAACAACAGAGGAAAGGAAGACAGCGUUUGAGACACUUAAGAAAAAAGAUGAUGAAUCUGCGAAAGAAAUUGAUACCCAGAUGAGAAGACUCCAGAGAAUAUCAGACCAAAUAGCCCAGCUGAAAGGAAAGAUGUCAGCAAAUGCAAAAGAAUGUGAGGAAAGAAACAAGCAAAUCAAAGAGGAGAGGGAGAAGAUGCUGGCACACUUCCAGGAACUCAAGGCUCAAAUGAACAAAAUGAGAGAGGGCGAGAGGGACAAACUGACCAAACUGACCCUAGAGAGUAACGCUAGUAUAAAGGAGCUCAAGAGACAAAGGGAGAAGGUGGAGAGUAUAAUGAAGGUGGCAGAGAUGUGUAGGAAACUAGAGACGGAGGAGGAGAAGGUGCUGCCGUUCUACGCCACGUCACUCACAAAGGAGGAGGUGGAGGAUGUCGAGGCAGCCAUAUUAGAGCAGGCUAACGAGCCACUUGUACAGAUUAUGCAUGAGUACACCUCAUUGGAGAAUUUCUGGAAGCGGUUUAACAAAGUUAUGCUGGACAAACUUGCACUGGAUAAGGAGAAGCAGGGAUUAGUUCAGGAGAACCAGCAGCUUAGGACCCUCCUCAAACAGUACCUGGACGGUAUCUCUGUCAACGACGAGAUCCUUAGCCAGGUCAAUCCACUCUUCAUCGUCAACAACAAAACAAACGUCAAGUUGAACGUUCCAGUGAUGGACCCCCGUGUGCGUCGCCCUGUCGCCCAGACAGUAGUGGAGGCCGCACAUGUGGUCAAGCACGUGCUCCACUCUUAGUCGUUGUGAACAGUGUCAACCAAGAAAACAUUUACAUUAAAAAUCAACCAACAAAAACAUUCCAGUGCUGUUUUACUGAAGAAAUGAAAAUUAACAUCAUGAAUAUAUAUGUAAGAAACAGUUCUAUUUCACACUGUGGAGAACUUUUACAUAAGUGCUCAGGAAGGAUCUUUCCUGAUAGAUGAUGUAGCAGUAAAAUGUUUUAAACAUUAGAAAUAUCUUCAGAAUGACCACGACCCAUUUAUUCAAAUACAAAAGCACUUGAGCUGUUUUUCUUAACAGUAUUUAUAUACAUGUAUGAAAAAAGCAUAACUUUUAUGCUGAAUUUCUGUAAAUAAGUGAGAAAGGGAGAUAACACAGUGAUGUGUAUUGUCUGUGAUAUUUUGUACAUGUGGUACACUCUGUGUUGAUGACACAGAUACAUAUUGUAUUUACCUGUACAUCUAUUUAAAUGUAAAUAAAUCAAUUUUAAAACA